GACUUCACUCCUUGCGGUGCUGGGCGCAGCCGCCACGCUCCGACCAGAAUACUGGGGGUUUCAAUGGCAGGAGAAGGAGUGAUCAGAAGACCGAGAUGAGUUUGAACACUAUCUUAGAAGAGAUUCUUAUUAAGAGGUCACAGCAGAAAAAGAAGACAUCACCCUUAAACUACAAAGAAAGACUUUUUGUACUUAGCAAGUCCAUGUUAACCUACUAUGAAGGUCGGGCAGAGAAAAAAUACAGAAAAGGGUUUAUUGAUGUUUCAAAAAUCAAGUGUGUGGAAACAGUGAAGAUUGAAGAUGGUGUCAUUCCCUGCCAAAAUAAAUACCCAUUUCAGGUUGUUCAUGAUGCUAACACGCUUUACAUUUUUGCACCCACUGUACAAAGCAGGGACCGGUGGGUAAAGAAGUUAAAAGAAGAAAUAAAGAACAACAACAACAUUAUGAUUAAAUAUCACCCUAAAUUUUGGGCCGAUGGAAGUUAUCAGUGUUGCAGACAAACGGAAAAACUAGCACCUGGAUGUGAAAAAUACAAUCUUUUUGAGAGCAGUAUAAGAAAAGCACUACCUCCAGCCCCAGAAAUAAAGAAGCGAAGGCCUCCCCCACCAAUUCCUCCUGAAGAAGAAGAGAAUAGUGAAGACAUCGUGGUGGCGAUGUAUGACUUCCAGGCAACGGAAGCACAUGACCUCCGAUUAGAGAGAGGCCAAGAGUAUGUUAUACUAGAAAAGAAUGAUGUCCAUUGGUGGAGAGCCAGAGAUAAAUAUGGGAGCGAAGGCUAUAUCCCCAGUAACUACGUGACACCGAAGAAGGCCAGCAACUUAGACCAAUAUGAGUGGUACUGCAGGAACACGAACAGAAGCAAGGCCGAGCAGCUCCUGCGAAAUGAAGACAAAGAAGGUGGUUUCAUGGUAAGAGACUCCAGUCAGCCAGGCUUGUAUACAGUCUCUCUUUAUACAAAAUUUGGAGGAGAAGGGUCCUCAGGUUUCAGGCAUUAUCAUAUAAAGGAAACAACAACAUUGCCAAAGAAGUAUUACCUCGCAGAGAAGCACGCUUUCAGUUCAAUUCCUGAAAUUAUUGAAUAUCAUAAGCACAAUGCAGCAGGACUCGUCACAAGGCUUCGGUACCCAGUUAGUGUAAAAGGAGGGACUGCACCAACUACUGCAGGCUUCAGCUAUGAAAAAUGGGAGAUUAACCCUUCAGAGCUGACCUUUAUGAGGGAACUGGGGAGCGGGCUGUUUGGCGUGGUGAGGCUCGGCAAAUGGCGGGCCCAGUACAAAGUUGCUAUCAAAACUAUCCGGGAAGGCGCCAUGUGUGAGGAGGACUUCAUAGAAGAAGCCAAACUGAUGAUGAAACUGACACACCCGAAGUUAGUCCAGCUCUAUGGCGUGUGCACACAGCAGAGGCCCAUUUACAUUGUUGUCGAGUUCAUGGAAAGGGGCUGCCUCCUGAAUGUCCUCCGACAGAGACAAGGCCAUUUCAGCAGAGACCUGCUGCUGAGCAUGUGUCAGGAUGUGUGUGAAGGGAUGGAAUAUCUGGAACGGAACAGCUUCAUCCACAGAGAUCUGGCUGCCAGAAAUUGUCUAGUAAAUGAAGCAGGCGUGGUGAAGGUCUCCGAUUUUGGAAUGGCCAGGUACGUGCUGGAUGACCAGUACACUAGCUCCUCGGGGGCCAAGUUCCCUGUGAAGUGGUGUCCACCCGAGGUGUUCAAUUACAGCCGCUUCAGCAGCAAGUCGGACGUGUGGUCAUUCGGUGUCCUCAUGUGGGAAGUAUUCACUGAAGGCAAAAUGCCCUUCGAGAAGAACACCAACUAUGAAGUGGUCACCAUGGUGACGAGAGGCCACCGACUCUACCGGCCCAAGUUGGCAUCCAAAUACGUGUACGAGGUGAUGCUGCGCUGUUGGCAGGAGAAACCAGAGGGAAGACCUACCUUUGAAGAUUUGCUGCGGACGGUGGAUGAACUAGUCGAGUGUGAAGAAACAUUCGGAAGAUAGAGGAGUGGUGUGUGGCCCCCAGAUUGAAGAGCAUGAGGAAGAAAUGGUGCUUUGGAUUUGUUUUUUUCAUUUACUCCGCACCCGAAUAUGCAGAUGGUUUCACUUACGACAGAGAAACACUUGAUGCAUUCCUUUCCAGACGAACUUUAGCUCUAAGACUGAAACGGACUCCUCCAGAUGAUAGAGACGCUGUCUGAGACAUGGUCAUGAAAAUCCUUCACUUUGAUCCAUUCCAUAGACACUCGAGUGGCCAGUAGGUGCCAGGUGCUAUGCCCAAUUUAGGGCUGUACCUGGGGCUGUGCCAGCUGGGGCCAGUGGGAGGGGGGUUUGGGGAAUAGGAAAGGGUAUUAGAGCCAUGUUCCUGAAACCCCCUCCUCCUUUGAGUUCUGCAGAAAUCUGGGCCUUGUCUAGUAUGUGGGUUCUAGUAUGUGGGCAUUGUCUAGUAUGUGGGUUCUGGUUCAAGGAGGAGCUCACCCCAGAUGAGCACCCAUGUUUUAUUUUGAAACCAUCUCUGUUUUCAAGAUUGCUGUUAGUAUUACAUUGAAAAUGUCGGUAUGCUGUACAUAUUGUAAAUAUAUAUAGUAUAUUAAAGUUAUAUAUUUAUAAGAAA